AUGGGUAGAUACUCUGUUAAAAGAUAUAAGACGAAGAGGAGAACUAGGGAUCUCGAUCUUAUUUAUGAAGAUCUAAGUUCCCCUACUAAAAUACAAGGAUUGAAGCAUCAACCAUUAGAUGAAGACAAGGCUGGCCUGGCUCAAUAUUACUGUAUUCACUGUGCCAGGUAUUUUCAGGAUAAUAAAGCUUUGGCUCAUCAUUACAAAUCAAAGGUUCAUAAAAGAAGAGUGAAACAGCUUAACGUGAACCCUUAUUCCACAUUAGAAGCGGAAGCAGCCACUGGGUUAAACUUGGAGAGAUUUAUAGAUAGUGUCAACAAUUACAAAACCAAUGAGGCAGCAAGACGACUUAUGGAAUCUCAGUUACUCAGUAAUCAGUUAAAGGAGAACGAUGAAAAAGAUAAGAUGAUGUAUGCACAGCUGUUCCCAGAGAAGGCGGAACAAGAAAGAAAAGAAGCUACCGGUAAUAUGGGCUUAAAAUCGACAUAA